CAUCACAAAAGCUACGUCCUUAUUUUCAAGCACACUCGAUCACUGUCUUAACGAAAACCCCACUAAAGAAAAUCCUGAGCUCAAUGGAGGUCUCAAGACGAAUUGUCACAUGGGCAGUCGAGCUAUCGGAAUACGACAUCCAAUACGUGCAUAGACCAGCCAUAAAAGCUCAAAUAUUGACAGACUUCCUCGCCGAGGUAGUUUUCCUAGACACAGCGCCAGAAGGAAAAGGAGUAGUCGUGCGCACACCCGUGGGAGCCAUCCACGAAAUAGCAAUAUGCUUCAGAACAUUGAAAACAAACAAUGUUGCCGAGUACGAAGCCAUCCUAGCAGGACUAGCGAUAGCAAGAGACUUGGGCGUGAAAACAAUAAGAGUACUGUCUGAUUCUGUGUUGGUAGUCAACCAACUAUACGGCGUCUUCGAGGCAAAGGAGGACACACUCGCGCAGUACAUCGAGCGAGUCAAGCAACAAGCAAACCUCUUCGAAACAGUAACAUACGUUCAAAUACCAAGGGAAGAAAAUGUUCACGUUGACGCAUUAUCAAAAAUCACGACUGCCACCAACUUUGAAUCAACGAGGUUAGUCUCAGUACAAAAAGAGGAUCAAGAAACCCAACAACUCACAAUGGUCAACACCACACAAAUUGAGGAAGAGGACGGCUGGUGAGCACCGAUCGUAGAAUACUCAAUGGAUCAGUGCUAGAGGACGCAAAAGAAGCAUGGGCUCUAAGGAAAAAAGGAGGCUCGCUACACCCUCAUCGGGGGUGAGUUGCACCGGUGGUCACACUUCGGCGCGUACCUCAAAUGUAUCGGACAGAUGGAAGCGCGCAAAAUAGUGCAAGACUUGCACGAAGGUUUAUGUGCAAUGCACAGUGGGGCGCGUAGCAUGGAAUGCACCAUCCUGCAUAGAUAUUACUGGUCCAGAAUAAAAAAAGACAUAAAGA